UGCGAGCCUAUGAGAGGCGAGUUCUUCGGCACGCGCAGCUCCGUGGGGGGUGGCGCGCGCGCUUUGCUCCUGCAGACGGGACACCUGUCCGCAUUCCCUUCGCCUCUCCACCCUAGUGCGUGUCCGCGGCGGCGGAGACGACGCCCUGGGCCGUGCUCCCGGGUUUCUCCAUCCUCGGCCUCUGGAGCAAGGAGUUGGCCUGUUCCUGGCGCACCAUGGGGUGCUCGAGCAGCGCUCAGACCCAGGUCAAGGACUGCAGUCGGCCGACCCCGAAGUCCCCGGACGCCAAUGGACUGCAGACGUGCGAUGACUUGCCUAUCACAAAUGAAAAUGACAUCAUACCUGAUCAGACCAAACUUGCAGCAAUGGAAGAAAUGGAACAUGGGCCUCAUGAAACAAAAUUAAGCGAAGAAGAUGCAGAUGUUUUGAUUCCAGGGAUAACAAAAUGUGCCCUUUCUACCUGUCAAAGAGUAGACCCUGAGGGCACAGAGCCUCACCCAGUGGCAUCAGAAGAGAAGUUCAUCAAUAGGGAGCAUUUGUCUACAGACCUUCUAGAAGCCAGCAAGCCUCAGCCUGUGGAACCAUCAGAAUUUGGUGAGCCUCAAGGUGUCACCAAAGUACCUGGCAUUCUGCUACUAGAAACUGUACAGGAUAGUAAGCCUGAAUCUGUUGAAUCCUCUACAAGAAUGACACCUGAGCCUGGAGCGGAGGAAAGUGUGAAUCUUGUAGAAGAAAUUGUGAAAGAACUGCUAGUGGCUGAAGAGGAAGAGCUACCUAAGGGUAAUGAACACGUUCUUGCAGAUUCAGAAGGUGAGACAGGAGAAAAGAUGGAAACUGAGAUGCACCUUGAGAUAGUAAGUGAGGGCUCUGAAACAAAAGAAGAAGAAACAGGAGAAGCUACAGUGGCAACAGAGAUAGAACCUACUAAUAAUGAAGAGUGAUUCAUGCCUUCUGACUGGAUUCCAUCACAGACCACUCAAAUAACAUAUGUACUCCAAUGUAAGAAAAUCAGGGUUUGUUGGUUUGUUUUAUAAAAGCUCAUAUGGACUUGCCACAACUGCAGAGCACUAGGGAAAAAACAUUUUAGCAAUUCUAUUUUGGGAAGUCAUGUUGCCAAGACACCACAGAAAAAUUGCAAUGAUAAACUUUUAUGUCUGCCAGAGAGUGCCUUCUGUUAGCAUCUAUUUAAAUGAAAUUAUGUGUUAACAAAAUAUUUUUUUCCUAUGCCAGAAAAUUAAUGUACCAAGGGUAAUCUAGGGUAAGCUAUACAAAACAAUUUCAGUUAUAGAAGCAAAUUCAUGUAACUUUAGAUCUAACACUGAGCACAUGGAGAAUCUACAUGGUCUAAAGAGGGAAAAAUGGUUCUAGUUGAAAUCUUGCAGGCUUAAGUCCAAUUGCCUUAGUUCAAUUCCUGUCUGUAUAAAUACAGUGUAUUGAAGCAGAAGUAUUAAGCUCAUAUAACCUAUCCAUUCACCUUUUCUGAAACUAAUGAAAAUAGUCAUUGCAAUGGUAAACACUUGUGGGGUGGGAACUAAAUGAAAUUAUUGAACUCUGAAAUUACAAGAUGCAAUGCUUCUUGGAAAAAAAAUAUCUGAUAUACUUCAUGAGUGGCUGGCACCAUAGCAAGAUGCACUUGAUUGCCAUUGUCAUGUGGUGAUAACACUGUUAUAGAAGGAAUUCUUUAAAGGAAUUAAAUAACGGGUAUUUAGAAUUCUAACUGUAUUAAGUCAGAAUACUCAUGACAACAUGUUUCUAGUACCUGAAGUAGUAGAAAUUACAACCAAUCAGUUAACGAUUCUAGUUUGAAAUAUUUAUGCAUUUCUGGAACUUCUAUUGUAUUUACUUUUAUAAACUUACUAAAUGAAAAUAUGAAAGUGAAUCCUUCAAGGGUUUCUUUUAAAAUCAGGACUAAAUAAAGUGCAACAGAUGAACAGUAUAGAGAAGUUCAUGUUUUAAAAAAGCCUGUCAGAUGUUCAGUAUGUGUUUCUACAUACUCUUUAAACUAUGCAUCCAGUAAAUUUGAGCAAAGCUUAUCUUAACCAUUUUGCAUCUGAACCAGGAAACCUUGAUUCUCUUUCAGGGUGUGUAGGGUAUGGUUGGUUCUUA